GCAUUUGUUGUCAAACUUGACAAUUCAUUGCCUCCAAAUCAGUUUCGAACAAUAGUGAACUCCUUCCUUUUCAGAGAAAAACUGUAGCAAAUAUUCAGCUCAAAAUCCAAGCAAUUUCGGAUAUCAUUGCUGGCGGCAUAUGAAAAAAUCGUUUCUCGUUCCCCAUUCUCUACUUUCUACCCCAAAACCCCAACCGCGGCAUCAUCUUCGACACCAUAAACCACCAUCCUCUGCGUCGGUUUCCACAAACCAAACCAAAUGGAACUCCAAAACCAACGUGAUAAUCACACACCCAACCCUUGUGGUAAUGGAAUCAUGUUCCUCCAUGCACCAACUGCGUCAGAUUCAAGCACGCAUGACUCUCACCGGCCUCAUCAACGACACCUUCCCCCUCAGCAGAGUCCUCGCUUUCUGCGCCCUCGCCGACGCCGGCGACAUCCGCUACGCCCAUCGUCUCUUCCGCCGUAUACCCGAACCCAACACCUUCAUGUGGUACACCAUGAUCCGAGGCUACAACAAAGCGCGAAUUCCCUCCACGGCAUUCUCCUUCUUUCUCCACAUGCUUCGAGGACGCGUUCCCUUGGACGCAAGAACCUUCGUUUUCGCGCUCAAGGCCUGCGAGCUCUUCUCGGAGCCCUCCCAGGGGGAAUCCGUGCAUUCCGUUGCUCGGAAAACGGGGUUUGAUUCUGAGUUGCUUGUGCGAAAUGGGUUGGUGAACUUUUAUGCUGAUCGUGGUUGGUUGAAGCACGCGCGCUGGGUGUUUGAUGAAAUGUCUGCUAUGGAUGUUGUUACUUGGACCACGAUGAUUGAUGGGUAUGCGGCGUCUAACUGUUCAGAUGCGGCUAUGGAGAUGUUUAAUUUGAUGUUGGACGGUGAUGUUGAGCCCAAUGAGGUCACGUUGAUUGCGGUGCUUUCGGCUUGCUCUCAGAAGGGUGACCUUGGUAUGGGGAAAUACAUUCAUGAGAUUAUGGAGAAGAAGAAUAUGAGGUGGGGUUUGAGUUUACACAAUGCCUUGUUGGAUAUGUAUGUGAAAUGUGGUAGUUUGAUUGCUGCUAGGGAGCUUUUUGACAGAAUGGAAACUAGGGAUGUAAUUUCGUGGACUAGCAUGGUUAAUGGGUAUGCUAAAAGCGGUUACUUGGAGUCUGCAAGGAGGUUUUUCGAUCAAACUCCUCGGAAAAAUGUGGUCUGCUGGAGUGCGAUGAUUGCGGGGUAUUCUCAGAAUGACAAACCUGAGGAAUCAUUAAAAUUGUUUCACGAAAUGCUUGGGGCAGGUUUUGUUCCGGUUGAGCACACCUUAGUGAGUGUGCUCUCUGCUUGUGGCCAGCUGAGUUGCUUGAGUUUGGGUUGCUGGAUUCAUCAAUAUUUUGUUGAUGGAAAAAUAAUGCCACUUAGUGCUACUUUGGCAAAUGCCAUUAUAGAUAUGUAUGCCAAAUGUGGAAACAUAGAUAAAGCUGCAGAAGUCUUCAGUACAAUGUCGGAGAGAAACUUGGUUUCUUGGAAUUCUAUGAUUGCAGGGUAUGCUGCCAAUGGUCAAGCAAAGCAAGCUGUUGAAGUUUUUGAUCAGAUGAGGUGUAUGGAAUUCAACCCGGAUGAUAUUACGUUUGUUAGUUUGUUGACAGCUUGCAGUCAUGGUGGUUUGGUUUCAGAAGGUCAAGAAUACUUUGAUGCCAUGGAAAGAAACUAUGGAAUAAAACCCAAAAAGGAACAUUAUGCUUGCAUGAUUGAUCUACUAGGUAGAACUGGGCUCCUGGAAGAAGCUUACAAGUUGAUAACAAACAUGCCAAUGCAACCUUGUGAGGCAGCUUGGGGUGCCCUUCUAAGUGCUUGUAGAAUGCACGGUAAUGUUGAGCUGGCCAGAUUGUCUGCUCUUAAUCUUCUAAGCUUGGAUCCAGAAGACAGUGGCAUUUAUGUGCAGCUGGCAAAUAUUUGUGCUAAUGAGAGAAAAUGGGGUGAUGUAAGGAGGGUGCGGAGUUUGAUGAGAGACAAGGGUGUGAAGAAGACUCCUGGUCAUAGCUUAAUAGAGAUAGAUGGUGAAUUUAAAGAGUUUUUGGUGGCAGAUGAAUCACACACCCAAUCUGAGGAGAUCUAUAAAGUACUGGAUGCAAUAUUUUUGUUGUCAAAAUUGGAAGACUGUGACUGUGAGUUGUAGUCUUCAAUGGGGGACCCCUAUCUCUCUCCAUGACAUUCCAGGAAAACCUGAAAUUGGAAACCUGCAAUGGAUCUGAUGGGAAAAUGGACGGGGAAUGGUGCAGUCUCCUGCUAUGUCCGAUAGUUGCUUGAAGUACAAAAGAAUUGUACUCGUAUUGGUAUUGAAUGGUGGCUGGCUAGUUACUGCAGAUAAUGUUAUGUAUAUAUUCCUGUUCUCAUCUCUGGGAACCUUCGGCAGGCUAUUUGGCUUAAACUUCAUAUUACAGGCAUAGAGCUAUUAGCUUCUUUCACAGGUUCUACUGGAUAUGGAUUGUUAACAUGGGCCAAUGGAGUUAUAUCGGUUCAGACAAUUAAGUACAGACUGUGCAGUUAGUGCAUCUUUUUGCCACCUGGAUUCUCAGACUAGAAACCAUCUUUCUUGAGAGUGACUUUUGUAGGAGAAUUUGAGAAAGGAUUUUCUCGUGGUUGUGGCCAUCAUUCUUGGUAGGAAGUGUUUACUUGGCAACUGGCUUCGUGCAAGGUGAAUUUGCUUCAAAGUGUCUUAUUCGUUUAACUGGAUAAGCCUUUGUUCCAACACCCUCGACGGGACCAUACCUUUGUUGCUCACCUAUGAGGCACGGACAACUCUUGACAUGUGGGACACGUUUUCAACAUUGACACACUUAAACACUUACUACACUUCUUAGGUGCUCAAUUAAAAAAUUAUUUUUUGUUGAUUUGGACACUUAAGCUUACACAUUUACAGAACAAAACUCAUUUUGUUUUAAAAAAGAUAAAUAUACUAUCAAUUUA